AGAGCCAAGCAGGAGAAGGAGAAGAGAGAAGUGUGCACGCCGCUGCAUCCUGUGACUCAGGUCGGAUCACCAAGCAUGCUGAAUUUGCACUUAAUCAUGGAAGAGUGUGACACCGGCACCACCCGGAAAUAUCUCAUUUAUUGAGGGUGACAACUUGGCGUCCCAAGCCUAAUCCACUGGGGGAUCUGUGACCUGUCAUCACUUCUCCCAGAGUGUGUGCAUCUGAACACAACACAAAGAGCCUCCCGCCCUCCCCCCCGUCUGCUCCUCAGCAUCCGCACAAGUGUUACUACUAGAUCGAGUGAUGGGGUCACUUGUUGUUCUGUCGACCCUUCUCCUCAUUUUGGGCUGGACGGCUCACGUGUGGACUCUUAACCCCGAUGACCCCAAUGUCUGCAGCCACUGGGAAAGCUAUGCUGUCACCGUCCAGGAGUCUUAUGCUCACCCAUUUGACCAGAUUUACUACACCAGGUGCACAGACAUCCUGAACUGGUUCAAGUGCACAAAGCACAGGAUCAGCUAUAAGACAGCUUACCGGCGGGGAGUGAGGACCAUGUAUAGGCGGCGCUCACAGUGUUGCCCUGGUUAUUUUGAGAGUGGAGACUUAUGUGUUCCUCUGUGCACCGAAGAGUGCGUUCACGGCCGCUGCGUGUCUCCUGAUACCUGCCAGUGUGAGCCAGGAUGGGGCGGACUGGACUGCUCCAGUGCCAAUGGAACACGUUGCGAGAGUGACUUCUGGGGACCUCAUUGCAGCAAUCGCUGUCAGUGUCAAAAUGGGGCAAAGUGCAAUCCCAUCACAGGGGCAUGUGUUUGCACCGAUGGCUACCAAGGGUGGCGCUGUGAGGAGCUCUGUGAGCCGGGUUACUACGGGAAGGCUUGCCAACUGCCAUGCCAGUGUCUCAAUGGAGCCAGCUGCGACCACGAAACUGGAGAGUGCAUCUGCGCACCGGGCUACACGGGCGCUUUCUGUGGAGAACGCUGCCCCUAUGGCAGUCACGGGCUGCAGUGUGAGCAAGGCUGCCCCUGUCAGAAUGGAGGCACGUGCCACCACAUCACUGGGGAUUGUUUCUGCCGUGCAGGGUGGACGGGUUCCGUUUGUGGCCAGCCGUGCCCAGUUGGCAAGUAUGGCAUCAACUGCAGUAAAGACUGUUCUUGUCGCAAUGGCGGCCUGUGUGACCACAUCACAGGGCAGUGCCAGUGUGCGGCCGGGUUCAGCGGUCGCAGGUGUCAGGAUGACUGUCCCGUGGGCACCUAUGGCCCUCAGUGUAAUCAAAAGUGCGAGUGCCACAAUGGAGCCAAGUGCCACCACAUCAAUGGAGCCUGUCUGUGUGAAACUGGUUUUAAAGGACCCAAUUGCCAGGACAGAUUCUGUCCCCCGGGCCUUUAUGGCCUUAUCUGUGACAAGUACUGCCCCUGUAAUGCCACCAACACUGUGAGCUGCCACCCUCUUUCUGGAGAGUGCACCUGCACUGCGGGUUGGACCGGGAUUUACUGUAAUGAGACCUGCCCGCCAGGCUACUAUGGGGAAGGCUGCAUGUUGCCAUGUAGCUGCACCAAUGGAGCUGACUGCCACCCAAUCGCUGGUACCUGCAUGUGUGCGCCAGGCUUUAUGGGUGAAGACUGUGCCACCGAUUGUCCUCUUGGUUUGUUUGGACCAAGCUGCAUGUCCACCUGCUCGUGCCAUAACCACGCUUCCUGCUCACCUGUCGACGGAUCCUGCAUGUGCAGGGAAGGCUGGCAGGGUGUGGACUGCUCCAUCCUGUGCUCCAGUGGUCUCUGGGGUCUUGGCUGUAAUCAGUCUUGUUUGUGCGCCAACGGUGCUGCUUGUGACCCAGUUGAUGGCACCUGUACAUGCUCUCCAGGCUGGAAGGGCGAGCACUGUAGUGAGCCCUGCCCUGAUGGCACUUUUGGGCUGGAGUGCAGGGAGCGCUGUGACUGCAGUCAUGCGGACAGCUGCGACCCAGUAAGUGGUUACUGCCACUGCCACCCAGGCUGGACAGGAAUCCACUGUGACAACGUGUGCACACAAGGCUACUGGGGCAACAACUGUUCACUCAGCUGCCCGUGUCAGAAUGGAGGCUCCUGCUCUCCGGAGGAUGGAACGUGUGUUUGCGCACCUGGAUUCAGAGGGACUUCCUGCAAAAGAACAUGCUCUCCGGGGUUCUACGGGCAUCGCUGCAGCCAAUCAUGCCCGCGGUGUGUUCACAGCACGGGGCCGUGCCAUCACGUAACUGGCCACUGCGAAUGUCUGUCUGGCUACUCGGGCCCUUUGUGCAGCCAAGUUUGUCCCAGCGGCAGGUAUGGAAGGGCCUGUGCCGAAAUCUGCCGCUGCACCAACAAUGGCACCUGUAACCCCAUUGAUGGAUCCUGCCAGUGCUUCCCUGGAUGGAUCGGGCAUGAUUGCUCUCAGGCCUGUCCCUCCGACCGUUGGGGCCCAGAUUGUCUCAACUCAUGUAACUGUCACAAUGGAGCUCAAUGCAGUGCCUACGAUGGAGAAUGUAGAUGCGGACCUGGCUGGACGGGUCUCUACUGCACGCAGCGCUGUCCCUCCGGCUUCUAUGGCAGAGAUUGUUCCGAAGUGUGCCGCUGCCAGAACGGCGCAGAGUGCGACCACAUCACGGGCCUGUGUGCGUGUCGAACCGGCUUCAUCGGGACGAGUUGCGAGCAGAAGUGUCAUUCUGGUACAUUCGGAUAUGGCUGUCAGCAGCUGUGUGAAUGUCUGAACAAUGCUACCUGUGACUAUGUGACCGGGACAUGCUACUGCAGCCUGGGAUAUAAAGGAAUCCGUUGUGAUCAAGCAUCUCUCAUGAUGGAGGAGCUGAACCCAUACACCAAGAUUAGCCCGGCCCGCGGCUCGGAGCGGCAGUCCGCAGGCGCCGUCAUGGGCAUCAUCUUCCUCCUCCUCAUCAUCAUGGCCAUGCUCAGCCUGUUUGUGUGGUACAGACAGAGGCAGCGAGAGAAAGGACACGAGAUCCAGCCGAGUGUGUCGUACUCGCAGGCCAUGCAGAUGACCAACACGGACUAUUCACUCUCUGAGUGUGGCAGCACCUUGGCCAUAAAGACCAGCGCAGCUGAGGUCAAUCACAAUCCGAGUAGCAGUAGCAGCAGCAGCAGCAGCGGCGGCGGCGGUGGCCAGUGCUUCUCCAACCCCAGCUACCACACCGUGGCCCAGUGCAACGUCGUAUCAACCAUCUCCAGCAACCUGGAUGCCACGCUGACCCUCAAAUCGAGCACUCUGAAAAACCGAAACGGAUCCGACUGGAGAGCCUACUGCAACCUCAACGAUCUCGCAGAUGUUCAACAGGGGGAGACGCAGGCUCCAAGAGGCUCCCGAAAAGAUUACAUCAAGGGCUCGAUGUGCAACAACAGCUCCUGCUCCCUGAGCACCGAGAACCCUUACGCCACAAUCAGGGACCCGCCAGGGCUGGCGUGCAAGCACACGGAGAGUAGCUACGUGGAAAUGAAAUCCCCCUCCCACCGCGAAGUGCCCUUCGGGGGCACCGCCACGCUCCUGGGCGGCACCAGAGGAAACAUCUAUGAUGUCGCCAUCGCAGAGCCCACGGUGAGUGUUUUGCAAGGGCCCAACGGGAUGGCCACCGGUUUCUCCCAGAACCCAUAUGACCUCCCUCGCGGCAGCCACAUCCCGACCCACUAUGACAUUCUGCCGAUGCGCCACAGCCCCACGCACAAUCCCUCGCCACCACACCCAGAGAGCCCCAGCUCCCUCCUCUAGAGAACCCAAGCCGGCACGCUGGAAACAGUCCGUCACUUUUCAUACAGCCCCCGUUUGUCUUCAUGUGGUCAACAAGGACGUGACAGCCACAGCUCUUUUGGACCCGGAAAGGAAAAAGUAAAGGACGAGAGCCCACACACCAGCAAUCAUUCAGCAAUUUUAUUUUCCCAGAUCUCCCAGACUGCUUCCUGGAGCUUUAUGGAUGCUCUGGAGCGGAAGGUGGCUCUACCGGAGGGAGCUAAGGCUGCCACGCUUGGAUUGAAUGGAUAAGUCAUUUACGGGGAAAGAGACAUCCUUCACUUUAGUUUAUAGAAGGGCAAAAUGGGGUUGACAUGAGUAACGGUUGUGCCUGCCCCAGUUCAGAGUGUACAGCAGUUAGGAUUUAUGAUGUACAGCAGGGGUGGGAAAGCUUUCGUGCUCAAGGGCCACAGUUGAUUUAAAAACAGCCAGCCAGAACUAUUUUAAAAAAAAAAUUUUAAAAAACUAUUUCAAAAGAGGGGCUUGCAAUUUUCAAAAAGACCAUACUUUUUUUUUUAUAUUUUAUAUCAAAACAGUCAAUAUAACUUGUGAAUGUGAAAAUCAGAGACAGAAUGUGUGACUUACCAAUGAUUUGUCACCCUGCCGCCUCAAGCUGACCUGCUACCUGCGAUGAGUUUGCCGCAAGUGUUUGACAAAUGACUGACACCUUGGAAAUCAAAACUUAUGUCUCUCAUUCUUUAUUUUUCCCUCGGGCGGGUCGGUUUCUUGUUUAUCAAAUUAGAAGCUGAUUUUUUCACGUCAUAUUCAUCAUGUAAAAUUGUCAAGCUAUAUUGACUGUUUUGACAAAUACGACAAAGUGAUUUUUGCAUUUAAAUUCCAACUCCCCUUCAAGGUUUAUGUAAAAUAUGUAAAAUAGUACUCGUGACCCUGAUGAGGACAAGCAGCAUAGAAAAUGGAUGGAUGGGUUGAUUUAAAUUAUAAACACGCUAGCUAACUUAUUCUCAUCUAAUUUUUUAAAUUAUAUUAUUUUAAUUAAUCAGUUAUCAUUUUAAAAAAGGGGGAAAAAGACUGCUAAUAUUUGAUUAUUUUGUCAUUUCGAACGAAUCUAUUCUUAAUAAGAUCAAAAUAUUGUUGCCCAAAAUAUUACAGGACUCUUGAUAAAAGAAAUUCUUUGUGGGCCCAAAUAAAGAAUGCAGCGGGCCAUAAAUAGCCCGCAGGCCAUAUUUUGCCCACCACCGACGUACAGGCACCAUAUGUCAGACCGAGAUGAGAUCAACUGCAGUGUAAAAUAUGAGCUAAUUGAUUUUUUUUUAAAAAAAAAAGCAUGGAUACAAAAUAACGCCAGUCACAGUCACUCCUUUUCUUCGCCGUGUGCCGGUAAUGAGCACUCGAACGACAAGAUGUUGAGUCAAAGUGAAGAGCUUCAUUUGUGUUGCAGUGUAAAUGAGGUUGUGCUAUUCAGGUCAGCAGAAUUUAUGUGCUGACUGCAUCAAAAAAUACGUCUCAACUUUUGGAUUUGCUGCUUAUUAAUGAAAUGAUCAUGUCUUGUUUUUCUAUGGGCCAGAACUUUUCUUGCAAAUGUCUAUAUGGGGGAGGGUGGGGGGGGGGGGCUUUGACCUUUAUGUUUGGUAUAUUUAUCCAGCUAAUUUCUUGAUUUGUUCAUUUCUUUUAUUAGUGAUGGUGAGUUUAAUCCGUGUGACACUAGAAUUGCUUUUUCAAAAAAGAUGAGCAUGAACACAUAAUGGGUACCCACCGAUGUACAUAAACACCGACAUGUCAAAUUUAUCUUCUUGUGAGAUGUAAUUUUGUGAAGCGUUUUAAAAUGAAAUCCUCUCUCUC